AUUGGAACUUAGUGAAGUGUCGGUGAAGUUCAUCGCAGUGACUUGUCAUGUGUUUAAUUGUGUAGACGUUUCUCGAAGACCGAAUUUCUCCAUUAUGUUUCGGAUAAGCAUUCUGCUCCUUGUUCUCGGUGUCGUCCUUCAAGGAUCUUAUGGCGCCACCUACCACGGAGUAUAUCUCGGAGACGUCGGCGACGGUAGCGUCCACGGCGUUUCCGGAAAAGUUUACCUGUCCAGCAAAAAUGAGCUCCACCUCGUCGAUUUCAACUACGACGGUGCUGGUCCAGAUGCCUUUUUCAUGAUCGUCAAAGAAGGGAAUCCCAGCGGCGAAGGAAUUAAGUUGCUCGACGAAAACGGCUCAUCCGCCAAGCUCAAGGGCUACAAGAACAAGAACAUCUACAUUCAGCUGGGUCAGCACGACAUCCGAGACGUGAAAUACUUCUAUGUUUUCUGCAUCAAGGCCAAUCAGCUGUUCGGGGCUGUUCCCAUCAGGAACCCACUGAUCCCCGGAGACCAGAGGAUCAGCGACGGUCUGCAGGGAGCGCACGGCGUGACUUCAGGACCGAUCACCCUGAAGGAUUCGCGAACUGUUGUCAUCAAGGACUUCAGUUAUGACGGAGCAGCACCCGACGCAUUCUUCACCGUGGGCACUGGAACGCCAUCCACCGACGGAGAGAAACUGCCGAACGAGAAAGGCAGCAGCCAGAAGCUCCCCCGAUACUCUAAGCAAACCGUCAUGCUGACGCUUCCUCAAGAUAAAUCCUGGUCAGACUACGACUACCUAUCGGUAUUCUGCCAUCGCGCGCGUCAAGACUUCGCUCACGUUCGAAUUCCGCGAGAACAGCUGAGCGUUCCUGUAGCGAGCAGAUCAGGACCGGCUCCCAGCAUAAAGUACUUCGGUAAGCUGAUAGGCGAGCUACCGACCUUCGCUCAUGAUGUCCGAGGAACGGUUUACGCCGCUAACGAAAACACUGUGGUCGUGACCAACUUCUACUACGACGGAGAAGGUCCAGAUGCCCACUUCUGGGUGGGAACCACGGAACGGCCGACCAGCGCUGGAACCCAGGUUGCGAACGAAGUCGGAUCGCAUCAAAAGCUUGCCCGUUAUCGCGGAGCGUAUCUCGUUUUGACUCUUCCCGAGGGCAAGAAGAUCACCGAUUUCACCUAUUUCGGGGUUUGGUGCAAACAGGCAACCGCGGACUUCGGUCACGUCAAGAUCAGUCGCAAUCUCACGCCUCCGCGUGAGGUUUCGCUAGGUCCACUCCCGACUUACGCUCACGGCGUGAGCUCCGAUGACGUCAUCGUGAAAGACUUCAAGACCCUCUUCAUCAAGAAUCUGAAAUACGAUGGAGCUGGUCCUGAUGCAUUCUUUCUUGUCGGCCGAGGGAGAUCUCCGUCACCUGCCGGAAUCAAGGUCCCGGACGAGCGGGGCAGUUUAGACCGGCUUCACGGAUACCACGGUGACGAUAUCACGAUCCGAUUGCCUCCGGGAGUCUCCGUGUUUGACAUCGAUUACUUUGGACUCUACUGUAUCUACUACACGGAGAACUUCGGGCACGUGAAUCUGCGACAAGACGUUCUCAACGUACCUACGGACAUAAUGGCUUUGAAAUCAGAAAUUCUGACGUUCGAUAACUGCGAAGACAUCAUUCCCGAUCACCUCCAAGUUUCCUGGAAGAUCGACGGGCAGAAUAUCUUCUUCAGGCUCAACGGCAGAGCGGAUCCGGGCCAGUACAUUUCAUUCGGGAUCUCUGGGAAGCGUGAUCGAACCUCGAUGGAUGGCGCGGACGUUGCCGUCGCAUACUACGACGAGAAGAUGUCGCUCGUUAUCCUCAAGGACUACUACUUGGAGUCCAAAGCUCAGUGCUCCAGUGCAAACGGGGGAGUUUGUCCAGACGAACGUUUCGGUGGGAAGAACGAUCUGACGUUGAUUUCGAGCGAAUACCGGAACGGAAUCAUCGAGGUCGUGUACAGUCGCCCGUUGGCCACCAAUGAUAACAACGAUAAAAACAUUCCGGCCUCGGGUGACACGGCCAUCGUCGCAGCCAUCGGUGCAUGGAGCGACGGAAUCGUUCUCAAACACACGAAGUAUCUCACCAGAGACACGAUCCUGAUAAACUUCGGUCGACCACCUGUCAACCAAUGCUUACCCUUGAGCAAUAGAAGAGAUCCCGCCGUCGCUGGGCAGCCGUUCGCUGCACGAAAAGUCAAGAACACCAACAAAUUCACCGCCCAGAUCGGCCCAACCGGUGGAUCGAAGGGAUACGUGAAAAUAACAGGUCAAGAAGGAUGGGGUAUCGCUUGGUGGAUCAAUGGUCAACUCAUACCUGAGCUUCACGUGGUCCGAGGCAGGAACUAUACUUUCGUUGUGGAAGGCGGACUCGAAGUAACGAACACCGCGAAAUAUCAUCCAUUUUACAUCACGAAUAGCCCUGGCGGAGGAGGCGCUAACUAUAUCGAGGAGCUUAAUACUCCCAACCACAUGGUCUACGCCGGUGCUGACGUACAACCGAACGGCAAAGUCAAGCUGGCGACCGGCCGAUACUGCGAGUGGAAACACAAAACGAUCGAUCUCGCAGAGGAAGUCGAGACCUUUGAGGAGUACAAGGCGACCUUGAAGCUGCAGUGCGAUCCCGGCCAACCAGGAAUAUUUCAUUGGGUUCCAGACGACAAGACACCGAACACUGUGUAUUAUCAGUGCUUCACUCACUCGUAUCUCGGUUGGAAAAUUCGCGUUCUGAAUGAGGGCGAAAGCGCUUCGAUUAGCCUUCAGGCAACGACGCUGAUGGUCAUUGCUUCUCUGCUUCUUGCGUUACUCGUCAGAUAGGAAUACGUAGAGUUUUUUUUUUGUAAUUUCGUGGAUUCAAUGACAUUCGAAUCGAUAAUCCAAAGAUUGAGAGGGACGACCGCGAGCGUCCCCAACAAGUAGACUGCCUUUUGUAGAACGGCGUUCGUGAAACAUCCCCAUCGCGUGUAAAUAUCACCAUGAUGGCACCGAGUAGAAUGAAUGGUGGGAACGGUCACGAAAAUGUACAUACAUUAGGUAAGAGAAUGAAAUGCAUGCAUACAGGGCAUCGCGACUUGAGGGCCUCAUCAAGGACCGCAAUCAGGAUCAGAAUGUGGAUGGCUGGAUACUCCAGGGAAGCCGCCACUGUCAUCCUGGUCU